CGAGCUCCUCUUCGAGCGCUAGCUGCAGCUGCUGCAUUCGGCUCGUCCCUCCCUCCCUUCCCUCCCUCUCGCUGCCUCGUCUCGUCUCGUCUCCUCCUCCUCCUCCUCUUCCUCUUCCUUCUCCUCCUCUUUCUUCUUCCACCAUCUCCAUCUCUGCUGCUGCUGUGGUCGAGUCGCUGCUGUCUAUUGUUGGAACGUCACCUCGAGGGCUCGUGCUGCGUCCCCAGCGUGCCCGCUUUUCCGCCACAAAAAUCUUAGAAUGCCGGACGCUUUCGUCGCGAGCGAUUCGUUUGGCGAUCUGGUAGGAGAAGCAUGUGAAUCCGUUUGUUCGCUCCCUCCUGCUGCUGCUCCUGUCCGAGAGUUGUAGGAUUAUGUCGUGGCCUCCGGUGGAAGAUGUGUGAACUUUUGUCCAGUGGUUCGUAGUCCGUCAGUUCCCUUCUUCUUUUCUCUUCUUCCUCGUCGUCGUCGUAGUCGUCUCGUCUAGUCAGGCCGGGAGAGAGGGUGGGGGGCGGAGUGGAGGCAAGAGAAGCGAAGAAGUCUUCGUCAGACGUAAGGGAGGCAGGGAGCGAGAGUGGAAGAGAGUUCUUGAAUGGAGUUGGUUGAAGGAUCACCUCCCUGGCUGUGAGGAUUCCUGUCAGGACGGGCGGCACCUCGUGCUGGUGUGGCACCUGAUUUUCUUCGGAGGUUCGGUUCUGGCAGUGUGCCCGAGAUUUGGCACUUAUUCUAGGGUAAGCCGCCUACAGCGGCUGUAGUCUUGGGGAAGUUACCCGGAGUUAUGUUCGAUGUUCGUGUUACGAAAAGCCUGUCUGCCGCUCUCGUGGAAAUAACAGGCCGCAAGUUCGUCCGUUUCAGCUCUGAAAUUGCGACUUUAUCGCGUGAUUGAGACGACGGCAAGAUAAAUCUGUCCAUAUUCCAAAUCGUUCUUGUUCUGUAGUUUUGGACAGAUUCGUCUGUGGAAGAGCGAGUGUUUAUGAUCUCGUCGUCUUGAAUACACCUAGAAAGCUAGGCUUGCAGCACAUGACUUGAGGGUAUUGGAAAGGCCUCGAGAUAAACAUAAUGCAGGGUGAUAAAGCGUCAACCAGGGUUUUGCACCCGCUUGUGUACAGUGUCCAGUAUACACCAUAUUUCGAACCAAGACGAGUACUAUAAAGAUCCCAAGAUAUGGACCGGGUUAUAUACGAUGCAAGGCCGGAAAAGCGCCCGAGGUUGACCCUUGACGACCCAGAUCGGGGGGACGUCGACGAGACGCAGCAAGUAAUAUACAAUGGGGCAGAGGAGCAAGGGACAAGGGGUGGGGGAGCAGUCUCUGCAUCGGUGCCCGGGCCCGGGUCAGGCCCCCUUCCCUUAUCGUAUUUCAAUGGAGCCGCCCGUGUAGCCUCCCCUCCGUGGCGCGAGGAUGACAAAGAUGGACACUACCAGUUUGAGCUGGGAGAGAAUAUUACUUCGCGCUACAAGAUCAUAAGCAAGAUGGGUGAAGGGACAUUUGGGCGGGUUUUGGAAUGCUGGGACCGAGAAGCGCAGGAGUAUGUGGCCAUCAAAGUGAUACGCAAUGUGCAGAAGUACCGUGAUGCCGCCAUGAUUGAAAUAGACGUACUACGUGCGCUGGCCAAGCACGACAAGACUGGCUCACGGCGGUGUGUUCAGCUGAAGGAUUGGUUCGACUUCCGCAAUCACGUUUGCAUUGUUUGCGAGAGGCUGGGACCAAGUUUGUACGACUUUUUGAGGAAGAAUAAUUAUCGACCUUUUUCAGUUGACCUAGUUCGCGAAUUCAGCAGACAACUGCUGGAAUCAGUAGCAUAUAUGCACGAGCUAACUCUUAUUCAUACAGACCUGAAGCCCGAGAACAUCCUUCUUGUUUCUACGGAGUACAUUAAAGUGCUUGAUUAUAAGUCUUCACAAGGAACAAAGCAUUUCAAGCGCGUCCCGAAAUUCAGCGAUAUUAAGCUGAUCGAUUUUGGCAGUGCAACAUUUGAUAGUCAUUACCACUGUUCAGUGGUUUCUACCCGACAUUAUCGUGCACCUGAAGUAAUUCUAGGUCUUGGGUGGACCUACCCUUGUGAUUUAUGGAGCGUGGGUUGUAUACUUGUAGAACUGUGUUCGGGAGACGCGCUUUUCCAAACACACGAGAAUUUGGAGCAUCUAGCCAUGAUGGAACGUGUGCUGGGUCCGAUACCUCAGUCAAUGAUCAAGAGGGCAGAUCGUAGAGCAGAAAAGUACUUGACGCAUGGACGGGAGUUGAAUUGGCCUGAGGGUGCUGUAUCUUGGGAGAGUAUUCGAGCUGUUCGGAGACUACCCCGAUUGAGGAAUUUGAUCAUGCAGCACGUGGACCACUCAGCUGGAACAUUAAUUGACCUCCUGCAUGGGUUGCUCAAAUUUGAGCCUGCAGAGCGAUUGACUGCGAAAGAAGCACUGAAGCAUCCUUUCUUCAGAGAACCGUCAAGAAGGUUGUGAAGCUGAGAGAGGAGAGCGUCGUAGAGGUCGGGGAUGGCCUCUCUCGUCAGUGUAGAACGGAACAUAACCCAUACUCCUCGCCGUUGUACAUGUAUUUGUAGAUUUUUCCCGACAUAACAUGCCAAAUGGCAUGCACCUUGCUUGUGUGAUGAAACAUCUCCAGGCUCCCAAAUCUGAAGUGUCAUUUCAUGUUUCAGCAUGUGCGAGGAAGAAAUGAAAUCAUUGAUUACAAGAUACCGACAGGUCUCUUGGCAUCCUUAAAUGUUCUCAAUGGGUUGUGU